AUACCCCCGACUUGGCCCUGGUGGUGUUCAUCAAUUCGCUCAGCGGUGGGCGCCACGGCCCGAAGCUCAAAGCGAGGCUUCAGGAGUUGAUGGGCGAAGAACAGGUUUUUGACCUUCGAUUUGUGAAGCCUCAUGAAUUUGUUCAAUAUGGAUUGGGUUGCCUGGAGAUGUUGGCUGAUAUUGGGGACUCAUGUGCCAAAGAGACUCGUGAAAAGCUAAGGGUUGUGGUUGCAGGAGGUGACGGCACAGUUGGUUGGGUUUUGGGAAGCCUGGGAGAGCUUCAUAAACAAGGGCGGGAACCAGUUCCACCAAUAGCAAUUAUUCCACUUGGUACAGGAAAUGACUUGUCUAGGAGUUUUGGUUGGGGUGGCUCAUUUCCGUUUAACUGGAAAUCAGCAGUCAAACGAACCCUCGACAGGGCUAGUACAGGUUUAAUAUGCUGUUUAGAUAGUUGGAAUGUUUUGAUAUCAAUGCCUGCUGGGAAAGUUGUGGAUCCACCCCAUGCUCUGAAACCUGUGGAAGAGAUUUCCCUUGAUCAAAUUGCCUGAGAAAGUGUCUUGCUAUGAAGGCGUGUUUUGUAAUUAUUUCAGCAUAGGAAUGGAUGCACAAAUUGCUUAUGGCUUUCAUCAUUUACGCAAUGAAAAGCCUUACCUUGCACAAGGUCCUUUUGCAAAUAAGUUGAUCUACUCUGGCUACGGUUGCAAACAGGGAUGGUUCUUCACACCAUGCAUAAGUGCUCCAAGUUUAAGGGGACUCAAGAACAUAUUAAGGAUGUAUGUUAAGAAGGUCAAUUGCUCAGAAUGGGAACAAGUUUCACUUCCAUCAAGUGUCCGGUCAAUAGUUGCUUUAAAUCUUAAUAACUAUGCGAGUGGAAGAAAUCCAUGGGGUAAUCUGAAGCCAGAGUAUUUGGAGAAGAGAGGCUUUGUUGGGGCUCAUGUGAAUGAUGGUCUUCUAGAAGUUUUUGGCCUAAAACAAGGAUGGCAUGCUUCCUUUGUUUUGUCUGACCUUAUUUCUGCUAAACACAUUGCCCAGGCUUCAGCGAUACGAUUUGAGCUUAGAGGUGGAGAGUGGGAAGAAGCUUAUUUGCAGAUGGAUGGGGAGCCAUGGAAACAGCCAAUGAACAAGGAUUACUCUACAUUUGUGGAAAUUAAGAGAGUGCCAUUUCAAUCAGUUGUGGUCAAUGGGGGAGUAUUUUCAACACCUUUAUCCAAUCAAGCUUCCUAGCCUGGAUCAUUGGAAAUUACUCUUUACAAUUCAGAGUCCAUGUAAAUCAUAUUCUUAUUGGAACGGAUGGCUUGUAAUUUAUAUUUAUGUGAUUAUAGUUAUUAGCACCGGGUAAUUGUUGUAUCAAGUUGUAGUCUUAGUCAAUCCAUUGUGAACAACUAGCCUAAGAAUUAUUACUGAGAAAUUUAGUUAUUAGAGUUGCUAGAUUAUAUUUUUCAAAAA